CGUGCCACGUUUAUCUUCUCAAGGCGAUAUUCCCACGGUAUUUACACACGUUGCUGCCUUACAGUGCAGCCAAGGCACUUGGCCGGCAUCUGUAGAAAAGGUGAAAGGGCUUUGUUCUGUUGGUUUUGUUUCUCUACAGCUUCCCUGUGGCCUUCUUUGGCCCGCUUGUUCCAUAGUUCUCAGAUUUCUUUCCUGUUUCUUCCUUCUCCCGUCUGUCUUUUCCAGAAAUGGGGAACAGGGACGCGGCGGGAGCCCCACCCAGAGCUUUGCAGGCUUGGGAGGAGGCAGCCGUGUUUUACGUGCAGGGGGCAUCAGCUCCAUUCCAGCCAUUCAGGCAGCAGGGGCAACGGCCUCAUCAAGGUGAAUGGGCGGCCCCUGGAGAUGAUCGAACCCCGCACGCUACAAUACAAGCUGCUGGAACCUGUUCUGCUUCUAGGCAAGGAGCAAUUUGCUGGGGUGGACAUCCGAGUCCGAGUGAAGGGUGGUGGUCACGUGGCCCAGAUUUAUGCAAUCCGCCAAUCCAUCUCCAAAGCCCUGGUGGCCUAUUACCAGAAAUACGUGGAUGAGGCUUCCAAGAAGGAGAUCAAAGACAUCCUCAUCCAGUAUGACCGGACCCUGUUGGUAGCUGAUCCCCGGCGCUGCGAAUCCAAAAAGUUUGGUGGUCCUGGUGCCCAUGCUCGCUACCAGAAGUCCUAUCGAUAAGCCUGUCGUGAGGAUGAGGGUUCAUCUUUAUAAUAAACAAUUGUUACGGGGAAAAAAAAAAA